UAACAAACAUUCACUGUCUGCCCCCUUCAAUUUUUACCCAAACCCUAGCUCAUCCAUUCCCCUACCCUACAUCCAUACAUUUAUCAUUUACAUACACAGACCCCCCCAUCACCAAUCACCAAUUAUUUCGAAAUUCAAUCUCACUAAAUAACUGGUUCAAGAUCCAUCCUGCUUGAAUUCGUCCCACCAAACCAAACCAAAGAGAUCUUACCUGCCCACAUAUUAUGGGUGCUUCCCAGUCUGCACAAGUGGUGGAGGAGGAAGAAGAUGAAGAAGAAAACGACGAUGAGGAGGAAGAGGAGGAGGCAGACGAUAAUGUCGGAAAUGAUGCAAGAAGACAAUCCGGGGAUAACUCUUUGGUGAAGAAGCUUCUGGAACAGGAGCCUGAGAUCUUACCCUGCCAUGCCUCCGCCUCCCCGCUCUCCCCUCAGCUCUCCUCCUUGGGCACUCCCCGCCUCGGCCCCUCCAUCAAGGUCUGGGACCCUUACAACGUCCUCGCCCCCCCACCCCCUCCCCCCCACUUCCCCCGAACCUUCUCUUCGGAUGCUGCCUUUCACGAUGACCGCACCAUUACCGAGGUCUUCUUCAUCACCCACGGCGACUGGCACAUGAAUUUGAGGCCAGAUUUGGUUGCUGGCCGUUGUCCUGAGGCUGCGCUCACUCCCAAUGGCAAGCGACAAGCCAGAGCUUUGGCCGUCUUCUUGAAAUCACAGGGCGUUCGAUUUAAUGCAGUUUACACGUCUCCAUUAGAUCGGGCGCGAGCUACUGCACUUUCUGUCUGUCAGGAGAUGAACUUGGCAGAAGAACAAAUACAGUGCUCUGAAGCACUUCUGGAGAUGAGCCACGGGCAUUGGGAGGGCUGCCACCGAUCAGAAAUAUAUACGUCUGAAAUGACGAGCUUAAUGGACAGAUUCCAGCCAGAUUUCUCGGCACCAUCAGGGGAGUCACUGAGGCAGGUUGAAUUCCGAAUGGCGCAGUUCUUAAAUGGAACAGUUGUGGGACUACCAGAAAAGUUCAGAUCAGAUUUCUCUCCCCCCUCUCAGAAUGAGAGUGAAGAGUUUACACAUCACAGUUCUCACGCUCUUACAAACUCAUCAAUUCAUGAUCAUCGGUUUGGGCCUUCUCUCCCACCACCACAGUGGGAUUUGCUUCAUAAACAGCGGCAAGGGCUGUCAAGGAAGAAAUCUGGUAAGAGCAGGCUGCAGUUUGUGAGAACAACUGGAGAUCAAGAGGCUGAUGAUGAGAUGUCUCCUCGGGAACCACAUGGCCAAAGCUGCCUGAGUGAAAUAAAUGUCAAGAGUUCCUCGUUUGUUUCUUCUUGUAUUGGUGUUUUCACUCACUCAGUGCCUAUUAAGUGUCUUCUCACAGGCCUUCUUGGGUGCAGCCCAGCGAUGUCACAUAGGAUUUGCAUAGAAGAUUCUUCCAUAACAGUGUUGCAACAUUCAUGGAAGAUGGGUUGGCAGAUAAAGAGAUUGAACGAUACUGCACAUCUUAGGCUUCUUUAGUCGAACGGGGAAGUAUGCGAGAGCCAGAGUCAGCCAGCCAUCAACUAUAGAUCCAUCAUCUGCUCUCAUCUCAUGGGAAAAAGAGUAGUAGCGUUCUCUUUUUUUUUUUUUUUGUUUAUUUCUUGGCUCGAUGUUGGCUGCAUGGCCACAUAUAUAUGGAUUCGAGAAGUGGUUACCCAUUCAUGAUUUAGCAAGAUAUGAUGAUGAUAUUGUUUUUCAUUUAUUUAUUUUGUAACCUUGUUAUUCUUAUUGCCAGGUUGUCAACUCUGCAAAAGGAGCAAAAUUUUAGCAAGAGUUGGGAUCUUGAUCCUGGGUGAUUCUUUUGAUUUGUAACAUUUGCAACAAAUGUUGGUAAAAUUAUAAUUAAGUGACAAAUUUCGUUAUCCCGGGGGGGGG